GACGACUGGUUCACGAGCUUUUUUCUCAUGCACAAUUUCAAGAGAGGUAGUCAUUGCAUUCUGCCUCCCGUCCCGGGAAAGCUCCUAUUUGCCGGUCAUAGACGGCCAAAAGGACACCCACGCCUGGUGACAGAUAUCGGAUGGCUGAGCUGUCGUUGUGUUGCUUGAUAUCCCAGCCAUCUUUCAUCCCAUGAGGCAUUCCGAGGCCAGUCUUAUGUUCGCCAUGUCUGAUACUGAUACUGGAUGACAUUCAGUGAGAGCAGACCAUGGGCCGGAUGACAGGCAUCGUCGGGAGCUGAAGAAGCGGCCCCGGCACAGUGACCUUGACGCAUGGCUGCAAAUGGCGCCGCCGCCAGUGACGUUCCGCACCCUGCCAAUCCGGUGAGCCUCGACAGGGGACCGUUCGAUCCCUGGCACCAUGCUCUGCACCUUCACUUGGAGUCUUCCAGCGAUAGCAGGACGCUUCCGGAGGUGGUUCGACGACACUGAUGAAAACGUUCGAUGGACCAUCCUGCCAAUGCAGACUGGUAUAUUCGUUUGUUCCUGUUCCCACCACCGGGCCCUCUUUAGGCCCUAUCGCCGGAGGGAUCGGACAGGGAGAGCCUCAGGAUUUUCACUACAGACGGGACGUAAAAUCAUCCCGUGUAUCCAAAGAAUUGGGCAAUCCCAAACAAGACAUUUCCCCUGCCCCUAUUCCUUCUUUCGACCAGUCUCGGAUGUUUCUCCUUGCGUGCCCCUCGACCAGUGCCCCCUGGGAUGAUAGCUCCACAGGGGAGAGACAGUGCUCGAAGGUUGAGAGGGGUAACCCUGUCGUCUGUAACAGUGGGCUUCAGAAACCUCCUCCACAAGCCAGGCCUCAUUCACGUUUUGUAAAGCCAGCCCGAACCUGGCAAGCCAAGUUUCUCGGAGGGCCUGCAUGAUCAGCUCCCCUAGUUUGGCCGUCUCCAAACAAGCCCACGAAUUGAUUCCUCGCUUCUGGCGGACGGUGUCCGAAAAAGAGGCCCUACCCGCCCUGUACCUGCUCGCCGGUGCUGGCUGCUGUCCAAUUCAGGCCGAAUAUCGAUCGCUCUUUUCCCCGUCAUUCCCACCUUGCUCCUAUUCUUUUCCUCAACCUUUGCAUCUUUCUGGCUCUUGGUAUGCCAGUUUGAACUAUCUAACGUAAUUAAUACUUUUCCUUAAUAAUCACCGUCAGCAUCCUAAUCCUCGCUCGCCGCCGGCCUACCACUCGCUUCUCCCGACCCGAGAGUCUGGAUUCGACGCCUAUACGCUGUGGCAGUUGUCGUUGGUAGCACAUGGCCUGCUGCAUCCACUAUAACUAUAUCGACACGAUCGCCAGGAACAGAGCUAGCUCAGUAGGGAAGAGAACCCCAUUCGCACAACCGACAUACCGAGGGCUGCACGCGCCGCAGUCUAGAUUGACGGCUCCACGAUCAUAGAUUACAAGGAACACCCUCCGACGAACACACACCGCAGUAGGGUGAAGGAACACGAAGACGAGAGACAGAGAAAGUGGGACGACAGCAACACCAAUAAGCUGCAGGACAGUCUCAGCGGAGGAGUCCCCCUCUCUUUUUUUGUCACCCGUAGCAUCUUGGGUCGUCUUGUGAGGAGAAAAAGCAGAACAGCAGACUUAUCACACGCCAAGUGGCCGCUAGCUGUCAACAACUCUUCUGCUAUCGGGUCACAGGUUGUUAUCGGGGUCAUAAUUAUACCGGGACGGUAGAGAUAUUAAAGGCUGGAUUCAUCAACGAACUCGGGCUUUUUGGAAUUACAACAACAAAAAGAAAGACGGAAGACCAGACGCUGGCUGGGCUUGACUCGAGCAGCCAACCCCCCCCCCCCUGGUUGCCGCCAGCCCGAGCUAGUGCAUCCGACCCCUGUCCCUCUCCGUCUCUUUGCCUGCCCAAAUCCUACGCUUUAAUAGCCACACAACCCCUCAACGUCCGUCGACCGCCCGACGCACAACCGCCCAGGUUUCAGCAACAUUCGCAUACCGAAAAACUAUUUCCGAACGACGGCUUCUCUCGAGUGUCGCAAGGUCAAACCGGCUUUGAUAGCCCUUUCUUUGCAGCUUCCAUACCAGAGCAGCCAUGUCUUUAAAACAGGAAAUAGAAACUUGGGUCGAGGCCCUCAAGUACUACGACAACAAUGAGUUCGACGAAGCCCUCCAGGCCUUUGAGAGGAUCUCGGAUACCUCCAAGAUUCUGUUCAACAUGGGCGUGAUCAAUGCGACACUCGGCCAGCACGAGCAAGCUGUCGAAUGCUACCAACGCGCUGUCAAACUCGACCAGUACCUCGCCGUCGCUUACUUUCAACAAGGUGUUUCCAACUUUUUGCUGGGUGAUUUCGAGGAGGCCUUGGCGAAUUUCAAUGACACACUUCUUUACCUCCGCGGCAACACGCUGAUCGACUAUGGGCAGCUCGGGUUGAUCUUCAAGCUCUACUCUUGCGAGGUCUUGUUCAACCGUGGUCUCUGCUACAUCUACCUGGAGCAAAUGGAAGCUGGUAUGCAAGAUUUGCAGUAUGCCGUCAAGGAGAAGGUGGUGGAGGACCACAAUGUAAUCAACGAUGCCAUCAGAGAUGAGGCGAAGGGCUAUACAGUGUUCUCGAUUCCUGUUGGUGUUGUCUACAGGCCCAAUGAGGCCAAGGUGCGAAAUUUGCAGCAAAAGGACUACCUCGGGAAGGCCAGAUUAGUUGCUGCCUCGGACAGAGCCAAUGCCUUUACCGGAUUUGCCGGUGCUGAAAUGAAGCAAUCUACCGGUCCAAUCGAGGUCAAGGACGACAGGCCACAAGAAGCCCUCUCCUUCGCCGCCAGCAACCUAGUCAAACCAGGCCUCCAGUCUAGAAGACAGCAAUCCGAACCACCAAACAGCCGCAACGUCUUCCCUCCCACCCCACCACCCGAGAACGACAAGCCAGCGCAACCAAGCCGCGCCGCCUCGGUCCGCAACGGACCCAAGCCCGUCCCCAGCCGCCUCAACCUUGAAAAGUCCCGCCCAAGCGACCGCUACGAAAAGGCCUCCCCAGACGAGGGACCACGCGAACAGCAGCGCCGGCCAAGCCGCUCCGCCUCGGCCGCUGCCCCCCCAUCCCGCGGCUACUCCCAGCGCGAUCCCCCCUCCUCCAGGAGAAGAAGAGAAGAAGAAGAGGACACGUACAACGACGACCUCUACGACAUGUACCAAGGCGGCGGCGGCUCCAGAAACAGCCGCUCCCAACGGAGCAACCGCGGCGGCAACCAGCCACGCGACCGCUACAUCGAGGAAGAAGACGAAGAAGGCAGCGACUACGACGACGGCUCCUUUGACGAAGGCGACUUUGAGAUGAUGGCGCCCAGGAGGCCAGGUCCCGGUUCUGUCUCUGGGGGAUCCAAGCGGGGGUCCUCGAGGAGGGACGCGCUGAGGACGAUCAGGGUCAAGGUGCACGCCAACGACGUGCGGUACAUCAUGGUCGGGCCGGCGGUCGAGUUCCCCGACUUUGCGGCCAAGAUCAGGGAGAAGUUCAACAUCCCGCCCAGGGGCCAGUUCUUGAUCAAGUUCAAGGACGAGGACUCGCCCGAGCUGAUCACGAUGGUGGACCAGGAUGAUCUGGAGAUGGUGAUGAGCGGUGUGAGGCAGAAUGCCAGGAAGGCGAGGUCGGAGACGGGGAAGAUGGAGGUCUGGGUUGAACUGCAAUAAUACAUACAACUCUUGUUCGCGACACGCAGAAUCUUUUUUUGUUUUGUUUGUUUCUUGGAUAUUCGAAAUUAUUCGUAUUUUAUAUACCCCGGCAACUGAGCCCCCCCCCCCUUACACCCACCCAGCCCCUCUAAAAAUACGAAGUAAUGAAUGGAACGAUGAUGGCACAAAAAUUCUACACCACAAAAAGCAAAAUAUCUUGUCUUUCUGCUUUGCUGCUUGCUGCUCUUCCUUCGCUUACAACAACACGUAUAUGAACAUAUUCUCAUCAGCAUAUUCCCACCACAUGUUCCUUUUUCUUUUUGCAUAAGAUUUUUUCUUUUCUUUUUGUUAACUUUCAGGGGAAUGGGAUUCUUUUUAAAUAGCCAACACGAAGAAAGAGGCGUUCUUUUUUGGGAUGUUAACUUUUGAAGGGAAUGAAUGGGGGGGUGAAAAGAGGAGAUUGUUGAUUGUUGAUAUCCCACCUUUGGCUAGGAGGAAGCGGAAGAGGAGGAGGAGGGUUUUGGUAGAGAACUUGAUUAUUUCUUUGAAAUCGUAUUCCCUUUAUUUUGUUAUCUGUUACUCAACUGUCUUGCUUCUUUCAUUUUACUUUUGUUGUCAUGAUUUUUCCCUGUCUUUGUCUACAAGGCGUUUUAUCUUGUGGUAAUGAAACUUAAAUAUUAUUAUCAGGGAAGAGUAG